ACCCUAAUUUUACUUCUCUGGGAAACAAUUUCUAGUUCUCUGGUAGCCUUUUCCUCAUAUAGCCGGCUGGUAGCGAAGACCAAAACCCUAACGCUAUAUCGUUUAUAGUAAUUUAACCUACAAUCUCUUCACUUGUUGUCUUCUUCGGAUCUCUGGUUUGAUUUCUCGGAGAUCAGGUGAAGUAAGAAGUCAUGGGAUCGAAACCGAAGGGUGAUUCUUCUUCCGAUAACCCGAACACAGGAGAGGGAGCGAGUCCUGGAAAGAUUUUUAUCGGGGGGCUAGCUAAAGAUACAAGCCUAGCGACGUUUACCAAGUAUUUUGGAAAAUAUGGGGAGAUAACCGAUUCGGUUAUAAUGAAGGAUCGAUAUACGGGGCAACCAAGAGGCUUCGGUUUCAUAACCUAUGCUGAUCCAUCCGUCGUUGACAAGGUUAUUGAAGAAAUCCAUACCAUCAACGGAAAACAAGUGGAAAUCAAAAGAACCAUUCCGAAGGGUUCCUUGCAGUCAAAGGAUUUUAAAACAAAGAAGAUAUUUGUUGGUGGGGUGCCUACAACUGUCACUGAAGAUGAAUUCAAAAAUUUCUUUUCCAAGUAUGGGAAGGUAGUGGACCACCAGAUUGUACGUGAUCAUGCAACUAACCGUUCUCGAGGAUUUGGAUUUAUAAUCUUUGACGCUGAACAAGUUGUAGAUGAUAUGCUAGCGAAGGGUAAUAUGAUUGAUAUGGAGGGUACCCAGGUGGAGAUCAAGAAGGCUGAACCAAAGAAACCCUCAAACCCACCACCUCCUGCAUUUGGUAGCGAUUCUAGGGGUCAUUCUUUUGGUGAUCCUCUCAGUGGAUUUGGUGACACAUAUAGUGGUUUUGGUGGUGGUUUUGGUGCUGCUUCCUAUAGGACGCCUGGAGGUCUUGGUGGUAGACUUGGUGGUUAUGGGGGGUAUGCUGGUGGAGGCGGAGAAUUUGGUGGUGGUUAUGGGAGUUUUGGCAGCAGUGGCCUAGGUGGGUACAGGGGAGAGUCCUCCCUUGGUUAUUCUAGUCGCUUUGGAUCAUAUGGUGGGGGAUUUGGAGGGGGUUAUGGUGGAAGUGGCUUAGGUGGUUAUGGACGAGGAGGCGAAGGUUAUGGAGGCUACGGCGGUUCGGGCUAUGGUGGUGGUUAUGAUUCUGGCCCUGGUGCCAGUUAUGGUGGGUCAAGUGGAUUAUAUGGAAGUAGAGCAGGUUAUAGUGGCAGUAGUAGGUACCAUCCUUAUGCGAGGUAGAAAAGAUGCAUGGAGUUGCAGUUGCUUAAGCUUCCUUCUAGCAGUACCACAUGGUGGCCUCUAGUUUUUCGUGUAUUACAUCUUGUGGCAGGAUAGAUACUGGCUUGCAGGUGCUAGAAGUGCUAGAAGUAUGUUUGCUUUCCUACCAGAGGGUGUUCAUCUAGAAGAUCAAGGAGAUUGUUGCUAGUUUUGUGUUUUGUUUCUUGGUUAUCUGUAUGUCCUACAUAAACUUUAGAUGAUCCAUUUAGUGUUUUGUGUCGGAUCGGUAGAAGACAUUAGAUUGGUAUUGAAUUUAGUUUGUUGUAGAUUUAAGCAUUUUUAUAGAGUUUGUUGCAUUUAAAUUAUAGUUUGAUCUUAAGAUAGACUUCUCUUCCUUAUGAAAUAGUUAGCUGCUAAAAGAUUAUUUGGUUAA